AGAAAAUCUAAAUCCUUGUUCCUUUGUAUCACCACAAUGGAAAAUUAACCAAUGAAUUAUUCAUCUACCAGUAAAUACUUUAAUCCAUUAAGUUGGAUUGCUAAAUUAUUAGAUCAUGACGAUACAGAUGCUUCCAAUAAACAAAUAAUGGAUUCUUAUGCUGGUGCUUCGUCUAUUGGCAAUCAAUCUGAAGAAUAUAUAAAAGAAAGUCAAAGAGAAAGAAUGCUGUUAAAUAAACUUUCAAGUUAUAGUUUAAAUAGUGUAAUGCAAAACCAUCAGGAGAAUGCCUCAACGGAUGCCUCAAACAAGGGAUUAAUUUGUUCUGAAUUUCCUUUAGUAACAUCACCAUCUUCAGUAGCAUUGUCUUGUUCAGAAACUCCAUCUCAUUCUGAAACAACACGUCUUUCAGAAACAUCACCUUCUCCAAAAAUAAAUACAGCGCAUCAACUGAACACAAUGUGGUUAGAUAGAAGCUAUAAAAGGAAACUAUGCCCUCCGUCAAAAUCAUCUGAUGUAGCUGCGUCUUCCAGCAAGUCUGAUGAGGAUGACUGGCCAGUGUUAAUCCCGAGCAAAAAAUUUGCCUCACCCAGUAAAAUCAUCACCAGUAACGAGGUUCAAACCCCACAUUGUUUAGAAGAUUAUGACGUAUAUAUAACAGAGGUUUUUAUACCGCAACGUAGGGAUCCCAUCAGAAGGAACAUGAAAGAUACCAAAUUUUGUAGCCAGCCUCAGUCACAAGAUAGUCAAAUUUUUGAUGAUACAAAUAUCUUUCAAAUAAAAAAUGAACCAACUGAAAACUUCAUGCCUGUAAACUCUGUUACACAAGAGAGAAAUAUGAACACUAUUCAAAUUAAAGAUGAACCAACUGAAAAGUCAAAGCCAAUGGACUCUGACAUUCAAAGCAUCAUAAAAAGUGAACUUUCAAAAUGCUUCAGAGAAGUCUACCCUACAAAAAAAUGGGGGUUUGACAAACUUUCUGAUAAAGAUGAAACCAAAAGUCCUGUCAAGCCAGGGGAUAGAUCUGUGUCAAGUCUAAUUGUCAGCACAACUCCAUCCAGUUCUGUGACUCAGUAUGCUACAGCUGACCACACAAUGGACAUUAGACCUUUAGUAGCAGUACCUAUUUACACACCAGACAGAAAACUAAUUGAUGACGCAAACAUCUUUAAAACAAACCAUGAACCAACUGAAAGCACACACUCAGUUGCGCUAGACAGAAAUAUGAAUACCAUUCUAAUUAAAAAUAAGCCAACUAAAAAGUCAAAGCCAAUAAACUCUGACAUUCAAAGCAUCAUAGAAAAUGGAUUUGAAGAACUCCUAAAAGAAGUUAACCCUGCUAAAAACUGGAUAUUUGGCAAACUUUCCAACAAAGAUGAAACCAAAAGUUCUGUCAAGCCAGGGGAUAGAUCUGAUUCUAGUCCAACUGUCAGCACAACUCCAUCCAGUUCUGUGACUCAAUAUGCUACAGCUGACCACACUAUGGACAUCAGAGAGUCAGACACAGAAACUGGAGUUAAAGAGGCCCAACAUUCUGGACCAACAGUAGCAGUACCAGCCAUUACUUACUUGUACGCUUUAUGUAAUGUGUGCAAGUCAUCUGACAUUGACAUCAAGUUUGCCACCUGUAGUAGCCAUCAUAAAAUCUGCAAAUCUUGUGUCCAGCCUAAAGUUGAUGCUGUCUUUCUAGAUGGGCAAACGAUGCAUGUUUUUAAUUUUCAGAUGCAUGUUUAUUGUCCAGAAGGAUUAUGCCAGGGGAUAAUUGCAAUUGAUUCACUGGAAUCUUUACUGGACAAUAGUUUGUUUAGCCUACUCAAGCUUAAGAUCCAACAGAAUGAAAAUGAGGCUUCUUCUCGAUUUAUCCAAAACAUGGAAGGUAUUUUCAGCUGCCCAUCAUGCUCCUUUAAGGUGCUAUUAGACAGGGAGAGGCUGGUUUACACCUGUAGAAAUAAAGCUUGUUCUGUGAAAUGCUGCCGCUACUGUAAAUGUUCUAUACAGCCACAAGACAAGCAUGAGGAAUGCUGGCUGCUGGACUUGGCUGGCACUGAAUGUCUGGAAGACAUUUCUAAACUCCCAGUCAACUGGAAAUGGAGUUCUACCACUGGGUGCAGCUUUGAACUGGUGGAGCUUGACUCAACUGGUGAAGAAUUUCAAAAGUGGUCGACCUUUUUAAACAAAACAACCUGCACAAAAGUACUGAAUAUUUGGAACGUCCAGAAUAAAAUGCUGUGGGAAAAAUAUGUCUUAAAGAGAAAACACAUGAAGGAGGAACUUGGCAUGGCAGACAUCAAGGAAAGGCUACUCUUCCAUGGAACAGAUGCGAGUAAUGUGAACGCUAUUUGCACACAGGGAUUUGACAUGAGAGUCCCAACCAUCAAUGGUCAAAGAUUUGGGAAAGGAAUCUACUUCAGCACCUGGGCUCAAUACUCACAGAAGUACUCAAGACAAGGCAAGAUGAUGUUCAUCACUAGAGUGUUGUGUGGCAAGUCUUGUUUAGGCAACCCAAGUCUGACACGACCCCCACCUGACCAGUCUGGACGCCUGUAUGACACCUGCGUUGAUUCACCAAUGGCGCCAUCUAUGUAUGUUGUGUUUGACAACUCACAAUGUUACCCUGGAAUAUUAAUCUGGUGGGAGUAAACUAUUUUAAAACUAUAUUCGCAUAUACAUAUAUAAAAAGCAUAUUUUGCUUUAUAAUUUUUAUCAUCACCUUUUGGUACAAAAUUAAAAAAAAAAUGGACCCUACAGUUGUUUUAUUUUAU